UACUGGCACUUGAAAGUCAACUGGGAAACACUCAUCUAUUAAAUAACUUCGUUACAACUUUACAUUUUAGAGGUGGCAACACUGGUAACAAACAACGGAUGAGCGCGCCUGUGGUGCAGCCCUAUUACGAUAUGAAUCAAUAGGAAUAAAACUCCUGGUGCGACCAUUCUAUUGUGCGAAGAAAAUAUAAAAAAAAUAGUAACAUUGCUGGGCAUGGCAGAAACGUGUUAUAACCUUUCACGAUUUUAUGGAAAAAUAUACCUUUACUCUCCAUUUCUUAACAUCUCUACUUCAUGUUCUUUCACAUCUUAAUUAAAAAGAAGAAAAAUGAGCGAAUCUUGGAAACGCACAGUAACUAGCGUCUCUGAUAAAUUAUUUCCUGGUUUGGCGUUUUAUCAUCCUUAUGCUGAAGAUGGAGGUUUACAUUUAGGCAAUCAGAUAGUAUCUGAUUUACCACUGCAAAUGUCUCUUUACUUUAAUAUAGUAUUUUACCCGUUUUGGCUAGUGUCCAGCAUUGUUAUGUUAUCUUUAAAGUAUGAAUGCCUCACCAGUAUGUAUCGCUUCCUAGUUGUCACAAUUUUUGUCUUUGUUAUUGUAGUAGAAUGCCUAAGACUGUAUUUGGGCUAUGUAGGAAACCUUAAUGAAAGAAUACCAGAACUAGCAGGGUUUUGGAUGUUGUCUGUGCUACUUCAAUUGCCUCUGCAGCUGUUUCUCUUUAUAAAUGAAAACACUUUACCACAACCUUUGGAUCGCAUCAUGCAGCUUAUCAUGAUAAUUAUGUUAUUAAUUCAACUCUUCACGGGUUUUAAAGCACUUCGUACUGCAGCACGCUACCAAGCAAAUCGGUUUCACAUAAUGAAAUUUCAAUUAGUGUCAGAAUCAAAAAGUGACCUUGAUUUAAGGCUGAAGUCAGAGUGAUUAUUUAUUUAAAAACUUAUUUUAAUGAAUUUUAGCUUGAAUGUAAAUAGCAAGUAGAUUGAGUCACACAGUGGAUGAGUGUCACAUUCAUACACAAAGCCAUAAAAUGUUUGAGGAUUUUAGUUUUAUUAUUUAUAUAUUUCACUUCUAUUUUUUCUACUUUUGAGAAAAUAUUAAAUACAUGUGUACAACCACACAAUUAUAAAGUACCGACAAAAAUAGCAAAAGAUUAUAUUUUAGAUGGAUUUACAAUAUUAUAUAUUUUAAUUAUAUUGAAAUAAGAAAUUAAAAAACUAGAGAAUCCUGCAAUGUAAGAAUUUUGACUUGAUAUUUUUAGCCAAGCAAGCACAUUUUCCCAAACUCUUCCAAUUAAUUUUCUUAUUUUUGUUCAUCUCAUUCCCAAAAUAGACUGAACAGUUCCAAUCAGGACCAGACAUUUGUGAUACAACUGACCACCAAAAAAAGGUUAUAAAUAAUAAAAAGAUAAUUAAAAAUUAUUAAUUAGACAUAACAAAUACAUAACUCAAUAGGGCAUAAAGUGUUUUUGCUAGUUAAAAACAAAAAAUUGAAAUGGUCCAAAAUUAUGAGUAUAUUAAGAAAAAAAAUAGUGACUGAUUGACUCGAAAGAAAAAAAGAAAUGCUAGGUGCAACAAUAGUUUAAUGACUCUCUAGGCUUUGAUCGCUUAAAAAAAUUAAUAAUAAUAAUCCUGUGUCAACAAGCCCAUAAAAUAGAUGAUGAAAUGACUGAAAAUGCCAUUUAAAAUAAAUGAGCUACAACUGAUCUAU